AUGCACCAGAUUUACAGCUGCAGCGAUGAAAAUUUAGAAGUUUUCACCACUGUGAUUUCUUCCAAAUCAUGUAGUCCUGCCAGAAGACGAGCCAAAGCUACGCAGCACAUCCUAACUAAGAGUGUGGUGGCCAUAUCGGACCGGCGGCCGCAGCAGGGCGAGCUCCUGCAUGUGCUGUACCAGGCGCGGGGCGAGGAGGAGGCGCGGGGAGGGGGCUGCCUGCCGGGCGGGCAGCGGGGAGCCUGCCCUGCCAGGGGCACUGCCCAGCACGCAGGAAUUACUGAGCAAGAGUCUUCCAAGUCCUAUAAUCAUCUGUUGGACAGAAAAUCUUUGAUUCCUCCAUCUCCAGUUGCCCAUAUCACAGUGAAAGCUGUGGCUGUCACGGGCUCGCCCACACGCGACCGCACUUCUAUGGAAGACCACAGGCAACGCUGGAGAAAGACAGCAGAGUAUGACCUGGCCCUGCCACCAGGAGCAGAAGCUUCCCUACCUCUGACAGGAGGCAGCUUGUGCGGGACACCCAGCCUCCUGAGGAAGAUGUGGAUGAAGCACAAGAAGAAGUCAGAGUACCUGGGGGCAACAAACAGUGCCUUUGAGGCGGACUGAAAAAGCUCAGCAUCCCUUGAAAGGCGGAAGGUCCUUUAGCAGGACAAGGUGCUUUAGGAUCAAUGAGGGAACAGACACAGCACAUCUCAUCCAGAAAAAUUAUAUCCUUUUUAUUACUUGAUGCCAUGCCUCAGAACAGUGAGAGAAAGGCAAACGAAGGUAAAAAUGGCGAAUAAGAUGCAACUCAAUGGCCUUUCCUUGUUGCAUUACACUAAAAUCCCAACUAUCCCACUAGAUUUACAUCUUGACUCAAUGUGAGACUGCUGCUGACCCAUUCAACAUUUUCUAUGUCCUGUCUAACUGAGCUUGGACUUGCAACAAGAGAAGCCUUGUUUGUGUAUUCCUGCAAGGCAACAGACUGAUUACAGAGUGCCAUUAAAUCCCAAGGGUUUACUUGUUGUGCACCACUGCUUCUCAUCUUUCCCCUCUCAUAUCACGAGAUAAAAACCUCAUCUUGGGAUAUGCUUGGCUGAAUGACACAUCCUAAAUAUGUCUUUUCCUUCAAUUUUGAUGUUUCAAGGCAGGAGUAAAGGAUGCAAAAAUUCUAAAACAGUGAGCCGGAACUGAGCAAGUUUGCAAACGUACAUACUAAACUUUGUAAUGUGACAAGUGUUUGUGUUUUAAGGUAUCCUGCCAGAUCAAACUAUGAGCAACAGGGUAACCUCAAUGGACACUUUCUGCCCUAGAACCUGCUUGUAAGUGAAAUGGUAGUCAGCAAUUUACCCUCUAUCCAUAUGGUAAAGAAUAUUACGUUAAGUGCACAAAAUACUAGGAGGAAGGAAAGUAUGCAAAUGGUGAAACUAGGUAACUAAAUAUAAGAUAUUUGCCUGUAAGAGACCUGUGCUUAUGAAUAGGUAGAUUUAAAGGAAUUUGCUUUAAAAAUUUUUCACUCUUUUUUUUUUUUUUUUUCAAUUUAGAAAUUGCUGGUCAGGUCCUCUUUGGUUUUUCUCUCAAAACAGGACAAAACAGUUUUACAGAAAAAGUUUUCACCACUGUUAUGGACAAUAUUGUAUUAGUCAUGAGCAGUAGUUGCCUUCUGUGAGUGGUCUCCUAGUUAUUAUAAAAAACACUGGUUUCCCUAAAUAGAGAACUUCAUCUUUAAAGUUGGAGGAGGCGUAUCUCCUGUUGUUUAUAGUAAUGGUGACCUCUAAUCCAACCGCCAGUGCACCAAAGCGUAAAUUAAAAAUAAAAGUCUGGCUCUAUGACAGCAGCAGAGGGAAGGAGCUCUCAUGUGAAACUUGCCUGCCUGCAGCCAGUGCAGUGAAAUGCCAUCACAGACAUCUGGCCCUGGUCUGGAAUACCAAGGGACCACCUGAAUGGGAGGGAAAGACAGCCAGGUCUUCUGGCCUUGGUUUAAGCAGGAUGGAGCAGCACACAGGAGAGGUUUGCAGCUUGACAGCCUGAGCAACCAAAGUUCACAAAAUGGGAAAACAAAGGGAGCAGGCCAGUAGCUUUACAGAGCAUCUGGUCCUGAUGGCUGCAAGGAGGGCAACAGGGAAAACCUAUUUAGGGCUGGACAUGGUGGAAAUGGUAGUAGGAUGGGGAUGGAAGUUCUUACUUUAAAAGGCACUGUGGCUCUUCAUGCUGCUAGAGCCAAGUCAGUCCAGAGUCUGCCAAGGAGAGAGAGGCACUCUGCCUUCAUGAAAUACCUCUGUCAGCCCUCCUGUCCAGCUCUCUGUCACUGCUUCAGUCACAGGCUCCUCCUUCAGAGGUCCUCAACUGGUCAGAGGAAAACUGUGCACCUCAAAACCACACAGACUCUCCCUCCUCAUUACCAAGGGUAAAAGUCCUUCUCUGGCCCAGCAGCUCAAGACAGGGAUGAUCUGCUCUGCUUUUAUUUCUUCCUCCUGGGAAAGCAGGAGAACACAACUUCUUGUGAACCACGUGCUGGCAGUAUCAACCCUGUGUUCUCUGCUCUGCCGUGAGAGAGCAACACUGACACCCACUGAAGGCUGCACACCUGAACAGGUUUCUCACAGAGGUCCCACUCUUAAAUUAGAGCCUGGCACACUGAUCCUGUGCAAUAGCCUGAGCACCCUUACCCUGCCAAUGUCAGUCCUCUGUCACUGAACCAAGCUGGAGCCAUGGUCAAGAGUUUCCUGAAACAGUUUUUAGAAAUAUCACUAACCACACUUCAGCCCCGUCCUCAGCCCAUAGAACUCCUGCCAGAAACCCUUACAUGUAUUUUUACUCAUAUAGGUAAACCUAGUAAAUUCAGUGGGACUGCUCCCUUGCAUAGCAGUACAUACAUUCAAAGAGUAGGGAGAGGACCAAUCACUGCUUCUCUUUUUUGGUCUCAUUUCCUAAACAAAGGAAAAAUAAGGAUGAUGGACAGACACUGGCAAAGUCCAUUUACUGAAUUAGGUAUAAUUAAGAGUGAACAUUUGUGGUACCUGCCCUUGUAGUUAACAUGGCCCACAAAGUACUCACAAUCCAGGGCAGCAAGACUUUUGCUUGUUGAGGAAGUUGCAUUGUAGUAGUAUUUAUUUUGUUAAUUAAUAGCUUUGAGCAGUAUGGAGGUGGAGAGGAUUAAUAUUUCUUCUUAAUAAUUGCUGUGUCUUGACAUGUGUAUUUAUGCUUUUCUUAUUUAUUUAUUUAUAAUUUGGAUCUACAAGAGAAGGAGUUAUUUACAAGAAGCAUAUUUAAUUUCCUUGUAUUCCAGGAACUGCCAUGGAGAUUUUUUUGUAUUGUAGUAGGUAUUUAUUUUAUUGAUUUAAAAGUAUGUUCUGUUCUUAAAAAAAAAACAAAACACAAACAACAAA